AAGUGUCUCAUAAAAAUGCAAGGAAAAAUCUGUUUUCAUUGUAUCCUGUUUUAAUACAGGUUAUUCAAAAGGAUUGUGAUUUGAAAUAAUGGAUGAACAAUCACAGGGCCUGCCAGGUCCUCCUGUGUCUCAGUUUCAACCACAGAAAGCCUUACGACCUGAUAUGGGCUAUAAUACUUUAGCCAAUUUUCGGAUAGAAAAGAAGAUUGGGCGUGGACAAUUUAGCGAAGUCUACAGAGCUACAUGCUUGUUGGAUGGUGUGCCAGUAGCUUUAAAAAAAGUUCAGAUAUUUGAUUUAAUGGAUGCAAAGGCACGUGCAGAUUGUAUUAAGGAAAUUGAUCUUCUUAAGCAACUGAACCACCCGAAUGUAAUCAAAUAUUAUGCAUCAUUUAUUGAAGACAAUGAACUAAACAUUGUGCUGGAAUUAGCAGAUGCUGGAGACCUUUCUAGGAUGAUCAAGCAUUUUAAGAAGCAGAAGAGGCUGAUCCCAGAAAGGACAGUUUGGAAAUACUUUGUUCAGCUGUGCAGUGCCUUGGAACAUAUGCAUUCCCGUCGUGUCAUGCAUCGAGACAUUAAGCCUGCAAAUGUAUUCAUUACUGCUACAGGAGUAGUAAAACUUGGAGAUCUUGGAUUGGGAAGAUUUUUCAGCUCUAAAACCACAGCUGCACAUUCUCUAGUGGGAACACCUUAUUAUAUGUCUCCAGAACGAAUCCAUGAAAAUGGGUAUAACUUCAAAUCAGAUAUCUGGUCUCUAGGAUGUCUGCUAUAUGAGAUGGCUGCCUUGCAAAGUCCCUUCUAUGGUGACAAAAUGAACUUGUAUUCUUUAUGUAAAAAGAUAGAACAAUGUGAUUAUCCACCCCUUCCGUCAGACCACUACUCAGAAGAACUCCGACAAUUAGUUAACAUCUGCAUCAACCCAGAUCCAGAGAAACGACCAGAUAUAACCUAUGUUUAUGAUGUAGCAAAACGCAUGCAUGCCCACACAGCUACCAGCUAAAAGACUUGCCCUGUAGGAGGAACAGCAACAAGUUGUGAACAUUUAAACAUUGAUAUGCUUUCUCCCCAAUUUUUUUAUUAUUGUCUAUUGCUUUAAAUUUACUUAUGUGCCAAGAAUAUAGUCACACCUUUGUUACAGAAUUUACAAGUAAAGACUACUUAUAUUUUUAAAUUUUAAAGUAUGAAAUAGUUUUAAACAUAGGUAAAUUGUUACAAAUUAGAGUAAUUGCAAGUCAUUUAUAUGCUAUACAGUUAUUGAAUAAAGAGGAAA